AUGGUAUUUCUUACAUCUUUACUUCGUAAAUUACCAACACCUGAAUGGUUAUUAAAACGAACUAUUCCAGGUAAACGAACAGAUAAUAAAUGGUGGCGUUUAGAAACAUUUCGAUUUACAUUUGCAAGUGAUGGUCGUCGUCGACAAUGUUUUAAAGUAGCUUAUCCAUAUAUGAGAAAUCGUUGGCGUCUUGCAUCACGUAGUCGUCAAUUUAAACCAAUAUUUGAAGCUGAAUUACAAGAUACAAGAAUUGAUGCAGCUGCACGUGAACAUGGUUUACGUCAACAUACAUUAACAGCUAGUCUUAAACGACAAAAUAUUCAAUUAUCACCAGCUAUUAUUGCUGAUCUUGCUAUAUAUGAACCACGAACAUUUGAAUGUUUAAGUCUUAUUGCUAAACAACAUAUUCUAAAUACAAAUCUUGAUGUAUCCGAUCCUGAACAUGAAUAUGAUGAACAAGAUACAGAACGUGAUCCUGAAGAAGAACAAGUACCUAUUCAUGUUGGUCAGCAUAUAUUAAAUGCAUCUUUAUUUAAAGAUGUUUAUAAUCGUUUUUGA